AUGAGAGUUUCAGCACUCUGGACAGUGCUGGUCUUGCUUCUGAUUCAAGGCACCGCGAGAGCCUGCACAGUCAAGAAACUGAGCAAUAAUACCGGACGCUUUGCCAAUGCCACCUUGGUACGCCUCUCCGAAUACUUGAGUGCUGGGUACAAGAAGGGUGUGCGACCCGUGCGCAACUGGCGAAAUUGCACAAUGGUGGCCAUCGACCUUAUGGUGUACUCUAUCCUCAGUGUGGAUGAGAAGAACCAGGUUCUGACAACAUAUAUAUGGUACAGGCAGGAAUGGACAGACGAAUUCUUGGUAUGGAACCCAGAGGAUUUUGAUGAUGUGAAUCAAAUGUCCAUACCGACUGCGAAUGUGUGGGUGCCUGACAUACUAAUCAACGAGUUUGUGGAUGUGGGGAAGUCUCCGGACAUUCCCUAUGUGUACGUGACCCAUUAUGGACUAGUGCGCAACUACAAGCCUAUCCAGGUGGUGACCGCCUGCACUCUCAACAUCUACAACUUCCCAUUCGACGUCCAGAACUGCAGCCUGACUUUUCAGAGCUGGCUCCAUACCCUUAAUGACAUCGAUCUCAAGCUGAUGAGGAGCGCAGAGGAACUCAAGGUGGACAAGAGUGUCUUCAUGAACCAGGGGGAGUGGGAGCUUCUUCACGUCCUGUCUAAAUACAAGCGCUUCAGUCUGGACAACAUUGACUCCUAUGCAGAGAUGAAGUUCAAUGUGGUGAUCCGACGCAGACCUCUGUUCUACACUGUGAACCUGCUGCUGCCCAGCAUCUUCCUGAUGGUGAUGGACCUGGUAGGCUUCUAUCUCCCUCCGGACAGUGGAGAGAGGGUGUCCUUCAAGAUCACCCUGCUUCUGGGAUACUCAGUCUUCCUCAUCAUCGUCUCUGACACGCUGCCCGCCACCGCCAUCGGGACGCCGCUCAUAGGUGUAUACUUUGUAGUGUGCAUGGCCCUGUUGGUGAUCAGCUUGACAGAGACAGUGUUGAUAGUGCGACUGGUGCAUAAGCAGGACCUGCAGCCCCAUGUACCCCAAUGGCUCAAACACUUGGUGCUGGAGCGGGCCACAGUCCUCCUCUGCAUCCGCAACAAACACAGCCUGUGCUCCAUGCUGUCCAGGGACUCUGACCAUCUGGGCCACUACAAAGAGAACAACAUCAGCCCAGCUCGAUGCAAUCACCACCACCACCUUCACCACACCUGCGAGAGUGGCCGUGGUGGCGGGGACAUCAUGGAGCGGGGUCUGGGGGGCCUGUCUGUGGUGCGUGACAACACGCCGCCCGUCAUGGACAACAUCCUGCAGGAAAUCUCAUCUAUCCGCGGCUUCCUGGAGAAGAGGGACGAGUCCCGGGACAUCGCCAAGGAGUGGCUGCAGGUGGGCUACGUGCUGGACGUCCUGCUCUUCAGGGUCUACCUGGUGGCCAUGCUGGCCUACAGCAUCACCCUGGGGACCCUCUGGUCCGUGUGGCAGUACGCCUGAGGGCCUCACAGUGAAGGAGGGCCUGACGGAGAAGGUGGAGGGCUUCACUGUGGAGAAGGGGACAGAGGGCUAAAGCGUGCCUGAUACAAAAGCGUUUUUAUUGAGGUCGAUCUAUUUAGUUGAGCCUCAUGGUGGAGGUAAAGUAGGGGGUCGUUUGAGUCUGGGGUAAUUCUCGGGAGUAGAGGAACGAGGGGGAAGAUGAUAGAUUGGAUGUUGGUAUAGUUUACACUCAUUUCCCUUAGCCAGUUGCCCCUUUCUAACACUGUCUAUCUUACUGCUUUGUGUAUUGUUCGGGUCUUGAUUAACUAGGAAAGGCCUAAAGAACUGUUGAAAAAGUUCAGAUAUUGUAUCCUUUGUCAGCAUACAGGUGUAUUUAUAUUUGUUUAUUUGGAUCCCCAUUAGCUUUUGCAGA